CAAAGUCCUCAACCUCGAGCUGAAGACGUUGCAGACUUUGAGAAACAAUGUCGAGAUUUUUUCUAUCGCCAAUCACAUGAAUCUGGUCAGAAGAUGAACUCUAUCCUGUCGAAUCUUCCCCCCUCUCAGCGAGCGCGUUUCACUCGCAUACAAGCUUCAAUUCGUGCACAAUUUCACGCUGACAGAACGCUGGCACUGCAAUCUGCCAUGCUUGCCCUGCUCAGCUCAACUGUUCCGCUACAUUCGUUAACACCUCUUUCUCGCGCGCGACCUCAGAGUAAAGCCGCACAGAAAGAAAGGGAGGGGAAAUUUUCGGCGUUCUUGAGGGAGUGGGCCAAGACAAUGGAUACGCUGCCCGGUGUUCGCAAGUUCCUCGAGGGACUGUACUGUACAUUGCGCCUAAUGGCUCGAUCCGAACAUCAAGGUGGUGCCGGAGGAUAUCGUGUAGAAUGGGAGUUGGAUGACGCCGUCUUCAUGGAGUCAGCGGGCGAGGAGUUCAUGCGCGACGCAAUCACAAUGCUCAAGGGCAUUCUGGGAUUUUCGGACACGCUCCCAGCGAACGAGCCAAAUGCUUCCGUUGACGACACUUCACUGGUCGACAUUGCCCUUCCGCCACCACCUGUGCUUGGACGCAACCGGUCCUCCUCGGACCCAUUCACUGACCCUUCCACUCCACCUCUAUCUGCCUCUCCCGAUCCCUCAAUUUACAUGAACAUGCAACCGGGACGACCACCUGGUGCUAUUUCACAUGGGCGUUUAUGGGUGUCCCCCGCGGAGUUGACAAACCCAUGCAUCGUCCACCUUCUCGCUCUUUUCCCGACAGAGAUCAAGAAGUCGGCCGAGAUUCUACGCUUCCCUUUGCUGACACCAGACCGGAAACGCGAUGUGGAGGCGCUGGCUACAGCAACGGGCGACCAGCCUGACGAUCAGUGGAUCGUGCUCGCGAGUGGGCGAUUGCGAUUAACAACCCACUACAGGCGAAGCGGUUGGAGGGGCUCAAUAUUGUUCCGCCUAUUACAAUGGCUUGCUUCGCUUGUCGGUGGAUGAGGCAUUUACAAAGCGUAUUUGCCUAGAGUGGCUUGACUAUCCUUCGUUCUUUGUGUUUUGGGACAUACCAUGACUUUCCUGUGUAUUAUAUGGCUAGCAGAAGAAGCGGGCCUUCGAAGACAUUCUGAUGGGUUGAUUUCAUACCACUGUUACGAACACG